AUGCCCUCUGAACUGGAAGGCCAUAGGUCCUCUGGCUACCACACCACAAUUUCUGGAAUCUGUGUGGUUCUAGCAGAAGGAAGUAACCAUACAGAGCAGAUUCCAAGUCAAAGCUUCCAAGACACAGAAAAUGAGUCUGUUCAGCAGGAACAAGACACUUUUCAGGCUACAACUCCACCUGGAAAGGUGACCAUCAUCCAGCCAAUGACAACAAACCCAGUGAUAACAACCUUAAACCCUGCUCACAAUGGGCGCGUGUGCAGCACAUGGGGCAACUUCCACUUCAAAACCUUUGAUGGGGACAUCUUUCAUUUCCCUGGGCUCUGCAACUAUAUUUUUGCAUCCCAGUGCAAUGCAGCUUAUGAGAAUUUUAACAUCCAGAUCAGGCGUACUCUGAUCGGAAAUGUUCCUACUAUCAGCCAUAUCAUCAUGAAACUUGAGGGUGUGAUUACUGAAAUAACGAAGGAUUCUGUUCUCGUGGACAGCAAUAGGGUUCAGCUGCCCUAUAGCCACUCUGGAAUCCUGAUUGAGAAAAACAAUGUCUAUAUAAAAGUGAGAGCCAAAAUGGGCUUGCUUUUCAUGUGGAAUGAAGAUGACAGUAUCUUGCUGGAAGUGGCUGAGAAAUAUGCCAAUCAGACCUGUGGGCUGUGUGGGGACUUCAAUGGCAUUCCAAAAUACAAUGAGUUCUUUUCAAACGAUAUCCAGCUGUCUGCCCUACAGUUUGGGAAUAUGCAGAAGCUAGAUGGGCCAACAGAACAAUGUGAGGAUCCUACAAACACUGUGGACAACUGCACUAUUGAUUAUGAAAACAUGUGCCGGAAAACACUGACUGGACCUGCCUUUUCAAAGUGUAAUGAUCUACUUGCUGUUAACAAGUACAUUGAGUCUUGUGUACAAGACUUCUGUCGCUGUGACCAGUCCAACAAUGCCUUCUGCAUGUGUAAUACUUUUGCUGAAUACUCCCGGCAGUGUGCCCAUGCUGGUGGGCAACCUCAGAACUGGAGAACUCCACAACUGUGCCCCAAGAACUGUACUUUCAAUAUGCACUACCAGGAAUGUGGUUCCCCCUGCAUGGACACCUGCAGUAACCCUGAAACAUCUACACUCUGUGAGGAGCACUGUAUAGAUGGCUGCUUCUGCCCUCCAGGAACUGUGUUUGAUGACAUUACCACUUCUGGCUGCAUUCCCCUUCAGCAGUGCUCCUGUACCUACGAUGGUAACACUUAUGCUCCAGGGACGUCUUAUUCAGGCCCAUGUCACAACUGUACCUGCACUGGAGGCAAAUGGAGCUGUGAAGACAUUCCAUGCCCUGGAACUUGUUCAGUAGUAGGAGGCUCACACAUCUCCACAUAUGAUGAAAAGCAUUACAAUGUCCAUGGAGACUGUACUUAUGUUCUCUCUAGGGACUGUGAAAAUGACACCUUCACCAUUUUGGGGGAACUUCGCAAAUGCGGCCUGACAGAUACCGAGACAUGCCUAAAGAUGAUAGCCCUCAUCACUAACAAAGAGCAAACAAUCAUUGUGAUUAAGCCUGAUGGUGGUGUAUUUUUAAACAGUUUCUAUACUCAGUUGCCCAUCUCAACAGCUGAUGUGACCAUCUUUAGACCUUCAUCCUUCUUUGUUAUUGUGCACACAAAUUUUGGUCUCCAGAUGGAGAUCCAAGUCACACCCUUCAUGCAAGUGUUUGUGCGACUGCAUCCGUCUUUGAAAGGACAGACCUGUGGUCUCUGCGGAAACUUCAACAAUGCCCAGCUUGAUGACUUCAAAAUAAUAAGUGGUGUAGUUGAAGGAACAGGAGCUGCAUUUGCUAACACCUGGAAAACAAAGCCUUCAUGCACUGACAUCAAAAAUAGCUUUGAAAACCCUUGCUCCCUCAGUGUAGAGAAUGAAAAGUAUGCUCUGCACUGGUGUGGAAUGUUGACCAACAGCACAGGACCUUUCGCUGCUUGCCAUGCUACUGUGAACCCCUCUUCUUACCACACGAAUUGCAUGUUUGACACUUGUAACUGUGAAAAAAGUGAGGACUGUAUGUGUGCCUCCCUCUCUGCCUAUGUGCGAGCUUGUGCAGCCAAAGGAGUCCUGCUGAGUGGAUGGAGGACCAACAUCUGUUCCAAAUACACAACAACGUGUCCCAAAUCCCUGAGUUACAGCUAUGUCAUCAAUUCCUGUCAACCCACUUGCCAGUCUCUAAGUGAGCCCGAUGCCACAUGCAACAUAAAGUUUGUUCCAGUUGAUGGCUGCACUUGUGUAAAUGACACUUACAUGGAUGAAAGUGGCAAAUGUGUGCCUGCUAGCAGAUGUCCCUGUUACUACAAAGGAUCUCUUGUGCCCUCUGGGGAAGUAGUUCAUGAAGAUGGUCAUGUAUGCACGUGUGCAAAAGGAGUGUUGAACUGCAUUGGAACCAAAAGCCCAGAGCCAGUCUGCAUUUCUCCCAUGGUCUAUUUUGACUGCAAAAACAUCACUGCAGGAACCACUGGGGCUGAGUGUCAGAAAAGCUGUCAGACUCUUGAUAUGCACUGCUACAGCACACAAUGUGUAUCAGGCUGCAUGUGCCCUUCUGGGCUGGUGUCAGACAGGAAAGGUGGCUGCAUUACUCAGGAAGAAUGCCCAUGUGUUCACAAUGAAGCUAUGUACAAGCCAGGAGAACAGAUCAAAGUGGGCUGUAAUACCUGUGAAUGUAAGAAUAGGAUGUGGAGCUGCACCCAGCAUCAGUGCCUGGGUACUUGUGCUGUUUAUGGAGAUGGGCAUUACAUCACCUUUGAUGGCAAACGGUUCAGCUUCAAUGGGAAUUGUGAAUACACACUGGUCCAGGACCACUGCAGCAACGAUGGCACAGCCAAUGGAACAUUCCGAGUGAUCACUGAGAACAUCCCUUGCGGCACCACGGGAACAACCUGUUCAAAGUCUAUAAAAGUCUUCCUAGGGAAUUAUGAGUUGAUACUCAAUGAGGAGCACUUCCAGGCAGUAAAGAGGGGUGAUGGACAGGAAGUGCCAUACAAAGUCCACUACAUGGGAAUGUACUUAGUGAUUGAGACCGUCAAUGGACUGCAUCUUAUGUGGGAUAAGAAAACCAGCAUCUUCAUCAAGCUCAGCCCUGAUUUCAAGGGUCAAGUCUGUGGCCUAUGUGGAAACUAUGAUGACAAUGACAUCAAUGACUUCACCACCAGGAGUCAGUCUGUAGUAGGAGCUGUGCUGGAGUUUGGAAACAGCUGGAAAAUAUCUUCUUCUUGUCCUGAUGCCAAAUGCGUAAAGAAUCCAUGCUCUACUAACCCUUACAGAAAAUCCUGGGCAGAAAAGCAGUGCAGCAUCAUCAACAGUGAUGUCUUUUCAGCCUGUCACCCUCAGGUUGAUGCAAAAAAAUACUAUGAAUCAUGUGUAACUGAUGCAUGUGCCUGUGACAGUGGAGGAGACUGUGAAUGUUUCUGUACUGCAGUAGCUGCCUAUGCUCAAGUAUGCAGUGAAUUUGGAGUCUGCGUGGCCUGGAGAACACCAUCAAUCUGUCCUAUGUUCUGUGAUUAUUACAACCCAAAGGGGGAAUGUGAAUGGCACUACAAGCCUUGUGGGGCUCCCUGCAUGAAGACCUGUAGGAAUCCAACUGGAAGAUGCCUUAAUCAGUUCUCAGGCUUAGAAGGGUGCUACCCAACCUGUUCACCAGACAAACCAUAUUUUAAUGAGCAUACGAUGAACUGUACUGAUACCUGUGGAUGUUAUGAUGAUCUAGGAAACUAUGUGGAACCAGGAAAGACCUACUCACAGGACAGUUGUCAGUUAUGUAAAUGCACACAGGAAGGCAAAAUAAACUGCAUGUACGAGAAAACAGCAUGUUACUGCAUUUAUGAAGGGAAAAAAUAUGAGUAUCAAGAGGUCAUUUACAACACCACAGAUGGAACUGGAGGCUGCUUUAGUGCAGUUUGUGAUGUAAAUGGAACAAUAACCAGACAUAUAUAUAUAUGUAAUACUCCUACAACCACACCUCCAUUUGAAUUCAGUACACCUACAACUAUUGUUACAGGAACAACAGCUAUAGCAACUGCUACAACAGUAUGUGUCCACAGAGUAUGUGAAUGGUCAGAAUGGUAUGAUGCCAGCCAUCCAACAUCUGGUUCCAGUAACGGAGAUUAUGAAACUAUUGCAAAUCUAAUAAAUGCAGGACACAAGAUAUGCAAAACACCAAAUGACAUUGAAUGCAGAGCAGCACAAUUUCCAAACACGUCGUUACAAAACCUGAACCAAAAAGUAGAGUGUAGCAAAACCCAAGGACUGAUAUGUAAUAACAAGGACCAACAUGAACAAAUCUGCUACAAUUAUGAAAUAAGAAUACAGUGCUGUAUCUAUAUACCAUGUAACCCUUUGAAACCCACCACAGCAGGGACAACUAUGGCAUAUUCAACAUUAACAGUUACAUCACUUGAGUCAACAGAAGUUUCUAAACCAACACAGACAAUAGGGACAGAAGGAAACCUUAAAACGACUAAAAGUCAACCUACAUUCUCAUACAACACCACAGCAGCAGUCACCUCAGCUCCUUCUCCUACCCCAACCUCCUGCGAGCCAACCUGUGCCUGGACCCCCUGGAUUGAUAUAGACUUCCCAACUUCUGGACCCGAGGGAGGAGACAUGGAAACCCUCUCCAAUAUCCACGCUGCUGGAAAGCCAAUCUGCCACAAGCCGGAGAAAAUUCAAUGCAGGGCACAGAACUACCCAGACCUAAGCCUGGCUCAACUGGCUCAGAACGUGCACUGCAGCCUGGACUCUGGGCUGGUGUGCAGAAACAGCGAGCAAACAGGGAAAUUUAAGAUGUGUUUCAACUACGAAGUUCGAUUCUGGUGCUGUCACGCCAACCCCAGCUGCAUUACUACACUGCAAACAACCACCUCCCUUGCUACCCCCACCCCCAAGCCGGGCACCACCACUAGACACACGAGCACGUCUCCACCCUCAUUAGCACCUUCCACCCAUCCACCAGCCAGCACCUCAACCACUGAAGGCACCACGCUCAUUAUCACAAGCCCCCCGGGGGAAGUUGUAGAGCCCACCAAGACCACUCUCGUCCCCACUACAGCCAGGCCCACAAGCACAGCUGCUGUCACACCUACUACGCCACCAGGGACCACGCCCGAGAUAACCCCCACCUCCUCAGCAGCCUCCACCGCCUCCACUCUUCCAACUCGGGGACCCACCACUGCAGCAAGUACUACACGUGGUUUCACCACCUCCGAAACACCCACAACAACACAGAGCACCCCUACUCCAGUGCCCUUAACACCCACCACAACAGCAGUCACCUCAGCUGCUUCUCGUACCCCAACCUCCUGCGAGCCAACCUGUGCCUGGACACCCUGGAUUGAUAUAGACUUCCCAACUUCUGGACCCGAGGGAGGAGACAUGGAAACCCUCUCCAAUAUCCACGCUGCUGGAAAGCCAAUCUGCCACAAGCCGGAGAAAAUUCAAUGCAGGGCACAAAACUACCCAGACCUAAGCCUGGCUCAACUGGCUCAGAACGUGCACUGCAGCCUGGACUCUGGGCUGGUGUGCAGAAACAGCGAGCAAACAGGGAAAUUUAAGAUGUGUUUCAACUACGAAGUUCGAUUCUGGUGCUGUCACGCCAACCCCAGCUGCAUUACUACACUGCAAACAACCACCUCCCUUGCUACCCCCACCCCCAAGCCGGGCACCACCACUGGACACACGAGCACGUCUCCACCCUCAUUAGCGCCUUCCACCCAUCCUCCAGUCAGCACCUCAACCACUGAAGGCACCACGCUCAUUAUCACAAGCCCCCCGGUGGAAGUUGUAGAGCCCACCAAGACCACUCUCGUCCCCACUACAGCCAGGCCCACAAGCACAGCUGCUGUCACACCUACUACGCCACCAGGGACCACGCCCGAGAUAACCCCCACCACCUCAGCAGCCUCCACCGCCUCCACUCUUCCAACUCGGGGACCCACUACUGCAGCAAGUACUACACGUGGUUUCACCACCUCCGAAACACCCACAACAACACAGAGCACCCCUACUCCAGUGCCCUUAACCCCCACCACAACAGCAGUCACCUCAGCUGCUUCUCGUACCCCAACCUCCUGCGAGCCAACCUGUGCCUGGACCCCCUGGAUAGAUAUAGACUUCCCAACUUCUGGACCCGAGGGAGGAGACAUGGAAACCCUCUCCAAUAUCCACGCUGCUGGAAAGCCAAUCUGCCACAAGCCGGAGAAAAUUCAAUGCAGGGCACAGAACUACCCAGACCUAAGCCUGGCUCAACUGGCUCAGAACGUGCACUGCAGCCUGGACUCUGGGCUGGUGUGCAGAAACAGCGAGCAAACAGGGAAAUUUAAGAUGUGUUUCAACUACGAAGUUCGAUUCUGGUGCUGUCACGCCAACCCCAACUGCAUUACUACACUGCAAACAACCACCUCCCUUGCUACCCCCACCCCCAAGCCGGGCACCACCACUAGACACACGAGCACGUCUCCACCCUCAUUAGCGCCUUCCACCCAUCCUCCAGUCAGCACCUCAACCACUGAAGCCACCACGCUCAUUAUCACAAGCCCCCCGGGGGAAGUUGUAGAGCCCACCAAGACCACUCUCGUCCCCACUACAGCCAGGCCCACAAGCACAGCUGCUAUCACACCUACUACGCCACCAGGGACCACGCCCAAGAUAACCCCCACCACCUCAGCAGCCUCCACCACCUCCACUAUUCCAAUUCAGGGACCCACUACUGCAGCAAGUACUACACGUGGUUUCACCACCUCCGAAACAGCCACAACAACACAGAGCACCCCUACUCCAGUGCCCUUAACCCCCACCACAACAGCAGUCACCUCAGCUGCUUCUCCUACCCCAACCUCCUGCGAGCCAACCUGUGCCUGGACACCCUGGAUUGAUAUAGACUUCCCAACUUCUGGACCCGAGGGAGGAGACAUGGAAACCCUCUCCAAUAUCCACGCUGCUGGAAAGCCAAUCUGCCACAAGCCGGAGAAAAUUCAAUGCAGGGCACAAAACUACCCAGACCUAAGCCUGGCUCAACUGGCUCAGAACGUGCACUGCAGCCUGGACUCUGGGCUGGUGUGCAGAAACAGCGAGCAAACAGGGAAAUUUAAGAUGUGUUUCAACUACGAAGUUCGAUUCUGGUGCUGUCACGCCAACCCCAACUGCAUUACUACACUGCAAACAACCACCUCCCUUGCUACCCCCACCCCCAAGCCGGGCACCACCACUGGACACACGAGCACGUCUCCACCCUCAUUAGCGCCUUCCACCCAUCCUCCAGCCAGCACCUCAACCACUGAAGGCACCACGCUCAUUAUCACAAGCCCCCCGGUGGAAGUUGUAGAGCCCACCAAGACCACUCUCGUCCCCACUACAGCCAGGCCCACAAGCACAGCUGCUGUCACACCUACUACGCCACCAGGGACCACGCCCGAGGUAACCCCCACCUCCUCAGCAGCCUCCACCGCCUCCACUCUUCCAACUCGGGGACCCACUACUGCAGCAAGUACUACACGUGGUUUCACCACCUCCGAAACAGCCACAACAACACAGAGCACCCCUACUCCAGUGCCCUUAACCCCCACCACAACAGCAGUCACCUCAGCUGCUUCUCCUACCCCAACCUCCUGCGAGCCAACCUGUGCCUGGACACCCUGGAUUGAUAUAGACUUCCCAACUUCUGGACCCGAGGGAGGAGACAUGGAAACCCUCUCCAAUAUCCACGCUGCUGGAAAGCCAAUCUGCCACAAGCCGGAGAAAAUUCAAUGCAGGGCACAAAACUACCCAGACCUAAGCCUGGCUCAACUGGCUCAGAACGUGCACUGCAGCCUGGACUCUGGGCUGGUGUGCAGAAACAGCGAGCAAACAGGGAAAUUUAAGAUGUGUUUCAACUACGAAGUUCGAUUCUGGUGCUGUCACGCCAACCCCAGCUGCAUUACUACACUGCAAACAACCACCUCCCUUGCUACCCCCACCCCCAAGCCGGGCACUACCACUGGACACACGAGCACGUCUCCACCCUCAUUAGCGCCUUCCACCCAUCCUCCAGCCAGCACCUCAACCACUGAAGGCACCACGCUCAUUAUCACAAGCCCCCCGGUGGAAGUUGUAGAGCCCACCAAGACCACUCUCGUCCCCACUACAGCCAGGCCCACAAGCACAGCUGCUGUCACACCUACUACGCCACCAGGGACCACGCCCGAGAUAACCCCCACCACCUCAGCAGCCUCCACCGCCUCCACUCUUCCAACUCGGGGACCCACUACUGCAGCAAGUACUACACGUGGUUUCACCACCUCCGAAACAGCCACAACAACACAGAGCACCCCUACUCCAGUGCCCUUAACCCCCACCACAACAGCAGUCACCUCAGCUGCUUCUCCUACCCCAACCUCCUGCGAGCCAACCUGUGCCUGGACCCCCUGGAUUGAUAUAGACUUCCCAACUUCUGGACCCGAGGGAGGAGACAUGGAAACCCUCUCCAAUAUCCACGCUGCUGGAAAGCCAAUCUGCCACAAGCCGGAGAAAAUUCAAUGCAGGGCACAAAACUACCCAGACCUAAGCCUGGCUCAACUGGCUCAGAACGUGCACUGCAGCCUGGACUCUGGGCUGGUGUGCAGAAACAGCGAGCAAACAGGGAAAUUUAAGAUGUGUUUCAACUACGAAGUUCGAUUCUGGUGCUGUCACGCCAACCCCAGCUGCAUUACUACACUGCAAACAACCACCUCCCUUGCUACCCCCACCCCCAAGCCGGGCACCACCACAGGACACACGAGCACGUCUCCACCCUCAUUAGCGCCUUCCACCCAUCCUCCAGUCAGCACCUCAACCACUGAAGGCACCACGCUCAUUAUCACAAGCCCCCCGGGGGAAGUUGUAGAGCCCACCAAGACCACUCUCGUCCCCACUACAGCCAGGCCCACAAGCACAGCUGCUGUCACACCUACUACGCCACCAGGGACCACGCCCGAGAUAAACCCCACCACCUCAGCAGCCUCCACCGCCUCCACUCUUCCAACUCGGGGACCCACUACUGCAGCAAGUACUACACGUGGUUUCACCACCUCCGAAACAGCCACAACAACACAGAGCACCCCUACUCCAGUGCCCUUAACCCCCACCACAACAGCAGUCACCUCAGCUGCUUCUCCUACCCCAACCUCCUGCGAGCCAACCUGUGCCUGGACCCCCUGGAUUGAUAUAGACUUCCCAACUUCUGGACCCGAGGGAGGAGACAUGGAAACCCUCUCCAAUAUCCACGCUGCUGGAAAGCCAAUCUGCCACAAGCCGGAGAAAAUUCAAUGCAGGGCACAAAACUACCCAGACCUAAGCCUGGCUCAACUGGCUCAGAACGUGCACUGCAGCCUGGACUCUGGGCUGGUGUGCAGAAACAGCGAGCAAACAGGGAAAUUUAAGAUGUGUUUCAACUACGAAGUUCGAUUCUGGUGCUGUCACGCCAACCCCAACUGCAUUACUACACUGCAAACAACCACCUCCCUUGCUACCCCCACCCCCAAGCCGGGCACCACCACUGGACACACGAGCACGUCUCCACCCUCAUUAGCGCCUUCCACCCAUCCUCCAGCCAGCACCUCAACCACUGAAGGCACCACGCUCAUUAUCACAAGCCCCCCGGUGGAAGUUGUAGAGCCCACCAAGACCACUCUCGUCCCCACUACAGCCAGGCCCACAAGCACAGCUGCUGUCACACCUACUACGCCACCAGGGACCACGCCCGAGGUAACCCCCACCUCCUCAGCAGCCUCCACCGCCUCCACUCUUCCAACUCGGGGACCCACUACUGCAGCAAGUACUACACGUGGUUUCACCACCUCCGAAACAGCCACAACAACACAGAGCACCCCUACUCCAGUGCCCUUAACCCCCACCACAACAGCAGUCACCUCAGCUGCUUCUCCUACCCCAACCUCCUGCGAGCCAACCUGUGCCUGGACACCCUGGAUUGAUAUAGACUUCCCAACUUCUGGACCCGAGGGAGGAGACAUGGAAACCCUCUCCAAUAUCCACGCUGCUGGAAAGCCAAUCUGCCACAAGCCGGAGAAAAUUCAAUGCAGGGCACAAAACUACCCAGACCUAAGCCUGGCUCAACUGGCUCAGAACGUGCACUGCAGCCUGGACUCUGGGCUGGUGUGCAGAAACAGCGAGCAAACAGGGAAAUUUAAGAUGUGUUUCAACUACGAAGUUCGAUUCUGGUGCUGUCACGCCAACCCCAGCUGCAUUACUACACUGCAAACAACCACCUCCCUUGCUACCCCCACCCCCAAGCCGGGCACUACCACUGGACACACGAGCACGUCUCCACCCUCAUUAGCGCCUUCCACCCAUCCUCCAGCCAGCACCUCAACCACUGAAGGCACCACGCUCAUUAUCACAAGCCCCCCGGUGGAAGUUGUAGAGCCCACCAAGACCACUCUCGUCCCCACUACAGCCAGGCCCACAAGCACAGCUGCUGUCACACCUACUACGCCACCAGGGACCACGCCCGAGAUAACCCCCACCACCUCAGCAGCCUCCACCGCCUCCACUCUUCCAACUCGGGGACCCACUACUGCAGCAAGUACUACACGUGGUUUCACCACCUCCGAAACACCCACAACAACACAGAGCACCCCUACUCCAGUGCCCUUAACCCCCACCACAACAGCAGUCACCUCAGCUGCUUCUCCUACCCCAACCUCCUGCGAGCCAACCUGUGCCUGGACCCCCUGGAUUGAUAUAGACUUCCCAACUUCUGGACCCGAGGGAGGAGACAUGGAAACCCUCUCCAAUAUCCACGCUGCUGGAAAGCCAAUCUGCCACAAGCCGGAGAAAAUUCAAUGCAGGGCACAAAACUACCCAGACCUAAGCCUGGCUCAACUGGCUCAGAACGUGCACUGCAGCCUGGACUCUGGGCUGGUGUGCAGAAACAGCGAGCAAACAGGGAAAUUUAAGAUGUGUUUCAACUACGAAGUUCGAUUCUGGUGCUGUCACGCCAACCCCAGCUGCAUUACUACACUGCAAACAACCACCUCCCUUGCUACCCCCACCCCCAAGCCGGGCACCACCACAGGACACACGAGCACGUCUCCACCCUCAUUAGCGCCUUCCACCCAUCCUCCAGUCAGCACCUCAACCACUGAAGGCACCACGCUCAUUAUCACAAGCCCCCCGGGGGAAGUUGUAGAGCCCACCAAGACCACUCUCGUCCCCACUACAGCCAGGCCCACAAGCACAGCUGCUGUCACACCUACUACGCCACCAGGGACCACGCCCGAGAUAACCCCCACCACCUCAGCAGCCUCCACCGCCUCCACUCUUCCAACUCGGGGACCCACUACUGCAGCAAGUACUACACGUGGUUUCACCACCUCCGAAACAGCCACAACAACACAGAGCACCCCUACUCCAGUGCCCUUAACCCCCACCACAACAGCAGUCACCUCAGCUGCUUCUCCUACCCCAACCUCCUGCGAGCCAACCUGUGCCUGGACCCCCUGGAUUGAUAUAGACUUCCCAACUUCUGGACCCGAGGGAGGAGACAUGGAAACCCUCUCCAAUAUCCACGCUGCUGGAAAGCCAAUCUGCCACAAGCCGGAGAAAAUUCAAUGCAGGGCACAAAACUACCCAGACCUAAGCCUGGCUCAACUGGCUCAGAACGUGCACUGCAGCCUGGACUCUGGGCUGGUGUGCAGAAACAGCGAGCAAACAGGGAAAUUUAAGAUGUGUUUCAACUACGAAGUUCGAUUCUGGUGCUGUCAUGCCAACCCCAGCUGCAUUACUACACUGCAAACAACCACCUCCCUUGCUACCCCCACCCCCAAGCCGGGCACUACCACUGGACACACGAGCACGUCUCCACCCUCAUUAGCGCCUUCCACCCAUCCUCCAGCCAGCACCUCAACCACUGAAGGCACCACGCUCAUUAUCACAAGCCCCCCGGGGGAAGUUGUAGAGCCCACCAAGACCACUUUCGUCCCCACUACAGCCAGGCCCACAAGCACAGCUGCUGUGACACCUACUACGCCACCAGGGACCACGCCCGAGAUAACCCCCACCUCCUCAGCAGCCUCCACCGCCUCCACUCUUCCAACUCGGGGACCCACUACUGCAGCAAGUACUACACGUGGUUUCACCACCUCCGAAACAGCCACAACAACACAGAGCACCCCUACUCCAGUGCCCUUAACCCCCACCACAACAGCAGUCACCUCAGCUGCUUCUCCUACCCCAACCUCCUGCGAGCCAACCUGUGCCUGGACCCCCUGGAUUGAUAUAGACUUCCCAACUUCUGGACCCGAGGGAGGAGACAUGGAAACCCUCUCCAAUAUCCACGCUGCUGGAAAGCCAAUCUGCCACAAGCCGGAGAAAAUUCAAUGCAGGGCACAAAACUACCCAGACCUAAGCCUGGCUCAACUGGCUCAGAACGUGCACUGCAGCCUGGACUCUGGGCUGGUGUGCAGAAACAGCGAGCAAACAGGGAAAUUUAAGAUGUGUUUCAACUACGAAGUUCGAUUCUGGUGCUGUCACGCCAACCCCAACUGCAUUACUACACUGCAAACAACCACCUCCCUUGCUACCCCCACCCCCAAGCCGGGCACCACCACUGGACACACGAGCACGUCUCCACCCUCAUUAGCGCCUUCCACCCAUCCUCCAGCCAGCACCUCAACCACUGAAGGCACCACGCUCAUUAUCACAAGCCCCCCGGUGGAAGUUGUAGAGCCCACCAAGACCACUCUCGUCCCCACUACAGCCAGGCCCACAAGCACAGCUGCUGUCACACCUACUACGCCACCAGGGACCACGCCCGAGGUAACCCCCACCUCCUCAGCAGCCUCCACCGCCUCCACUCUUCCAACUCGGGGACCCACUACUGCAGCAAGUACUACACGUGGUUUCACCACCUCCGAAACAGCCACAACAACACAGAGCACCCCUACUCCAGUGCCCUUAACCCCCACCACAACAGCAGUCACCUCAGCUGCUUCUCCUACCCCAACCUCCUGCGAGCCAACCUGUGCCUGGACACCCUGGAUUGAUAUAGACUUCCCAACUUCUGGACCCGAGGGAGGAGACAUGGAAACCCUCUCCAAUAUCCACGCUGCUGGAAAGCCAAUCUGCCACAAGCCGGAGAAAAUUCAAUGCAGGGCACAAAACUACCCAGACCUAAGCCUGGCUCAACUGGCUCAGAACGUGCACUGCAGCCUGGACUCUGGGCUGGUGUGCAGAAACAGCGAGCAAACAGGGAAAUUUAAGAUGUGUUUCAACUACGAAGUUCGAUUCUGGUGCUGUCACGCCAACCCCAGCUGCAUUACUACACUGCAAACAACCACCUCCCUUGCUACCCCCACCCCCAAGCCGGGCACUACCACUGGACACACGAGCACGUCUCCACCCUCAUUAGCGCCUUCCACCCAUCCUCCAGCCAGCACCUCAACCACUGAAGGCACCACGCUCAUUAUCACAAGCCCCCCGGUGGAAGUUGUAGAGCCCACCAAGACCACUCUCGUCCCCACUACAGCCAGGCCCACAAGCACAGCUGCUGUCACACCUACUACGCCACCAGGGACCACGCCCGAGAUAACCCCCACCUCCUCAGCAGCCUCCACCGCCUCCACUCUUCCAACUCGGGGACCCACUACUGCAGCAAGUACUACACGUGGUUUCACCACCUCCGAAACAGCCACAACAACACAGAGCACCCCUACUCCAGUGCCCUUAACCCCCACCACAACAGCAGUCACCUCAGCUGCUUCUCCUACCCCAACCUCCUGCGAGCCAACCUGUGCCUGGACACCCUGGAUUGAUAUAGACUUCCCAACUUCUGGACCCGAGGGAGGAGACAUGGAAACCCUCUCCAAUAUCCACGCUGCUGGAAAGCCAAUCUGCCACAAGCCGGAGAAAAUUCAAUGCAGGGCACAAAACUACCCAGACCUAAGCCUGGCUCAACUGGCUCAGAACGUGCACUGCAGCCUGGACUCUGGGCUGGUGUGCAGAAACAGCGAGCAAACAGGGAAAUUUAAGAUGUGUUUCAACUACGAAGUUCGAUUCUGGUGCUGUCACGCCAACCCCAGCUGCAUUACUACACUGCAAACAACCACCUCCCUUGCUACCCCCACCCCCAAGCCGGGCACCACCACAGGACACACGAGCACGUCUCCACCCUCAUUAGCGCCUUCCACCCAUCCUCCAGUCAGCACCUCAACCACUGAAGGCACCACGCUCAUUAUCACAAGCCCCCCGGGGGAAGUUGUAGAGCCCACCAAGACCACUCUCGUCCCCACUACAGCCAGGCCCACAAGCACAGCUGCUGUCACACCUACUACGCCACCAGGGACCACGCCCGAGAUAACCCCCACCACCUCAGCAGCCUCCACCGCCUCCACUCUUCCAACUCGGGGACCCACUACUGCAGCAAGUACUACACGUGGUUUCACCACCUCCGAAACAGCCACAACAACACAGAGCACCCCUACUCCAGUGCCCUUAACCCCCACCACAACAGCAGUCACCUCAGCUGCUUCUCCUACCCCAACCUCCUGCGAGCCAACCUGUGCCUGGACCCCCUGGAUUGAUAUAGACUUCCCAACUUCUGGACCCGAGGGAGGAGACAUGGAAACCCUCUCCAAUAUCCACGCUGCUGGAAAGCCAAUCUGCCACAAGCCGGAGAAAAUUCAAUGCAGGGCACAAAACUACCCAGACCUAAGCCUGGCUCAACUGGCUCAGAACGUGCACUGCAGCCUGGACUCUGGGCUGGUGUGCAGAAACAGCGAGCAAACAGGGAAAUUUAAGAUGUGUUUCAACUACGAAGUUCGAUUCUGGUGCUGUCAUGCCAACCCCAGCUGCAUUACUACACUGCAAACAACCACCUCCCUUGCUACCCCCACCCCCAAGCCGGGCACUACCACUGGACACACGAGCACGUCUCCACCCUCAUUAGCGCCUUCCACCCAUCCUCCAGCCAGCACCUCAACCACUGAAGGCACCACGCUCAUUAUCACAAGCCCCCCGGGGGAAGUUGUAGAGCCCACCAAGACCACUUUCGUCCCCACUACAGCCAGGCCCACAAGCACAGCUGCUGUGACACCUACUACGCCACCAGGGACCACGCCCGAGAUAACCCCCACCUCCUCAGCAGCCUCCACCGCCUCCACUCUUCCAACUCGGGGACCCACUACUGCAGCAAGUACUACACGUGGUUUCACCACCUCCGAAACAGCCACAACAACACAGAGCACCCCUACUCCAGUGCCCUUAACCCCCACCACAACAGCAGUCACCUCAGCUGCUUCUCCUACCCCAACCUCCUGCGAGCCAACCUGUGCCUGGACCCCCUGGAUUGAUAUAGACUUCCCAACUUCUGGACCCGAGGGAGGAGACAUGGAAACCCUCUCCAAUAUCCACGCUGCUGGAAAGCCAAUCUGCCACAAGCCGGAGAAAAUUCAAUGCAGGGCACAAAACUACCCAGACCUAAGCCUGGCUCAACUGGCUCAGAACGUGCACUGCAGCCUGGACUCUGGGCUGGUGUGCAGAAACAGCGAGCAAACAGGGAAAUUUAAGAUGUGUUUCAACUACGAAGUUCGAUUCUGGUGCUGUCACGCCAACCCCAACUGCAUUACUACACUGCAAACAACCACCUCCCUUGCUACCCCCACCCCCAAGCCGGGCACCACCACUGGACACACGAGCACGUCUCCACCCUCAUUAGCGCCUUCCACCCAUCCUCCAGCCAGCACCUCAACCACUGAAGGCACCACGCUCAUUAUCACAAGCCCCCCGGUGGAAGUUGUAGAGCCCACCAAGACCACUCUCGUCCCCACUACAGCCAGGCCCACAAGCACAGCUGCUGUCACACCUACUACGCCACCAGGGACCACGCCCGAGGUAACCCCCACCUCCUCAGCAGCCUCCACCGCCUCCACUCUUCCAACUCGGGGACCCACUACUGCAGCAAGUACUACACGUGGUUUCACCACCUCCGAAACAGCCACAACAACACAGAGCACCCCUACUCCAGUGCCCUUAACCCCCACCACAACAGCAGUCACCUCAGCUGCUUCUCCUACCCCAACCUCCUGCGAGCCAACCUGUGCCUGGACACCCUGGAUUGAUAUAGACUUCCCAACUUCUGGACCCGAGGGAGGAGACAUGGAAACCCUCUCCAAUAUCCACGCUGCUGGAAAGCCAAUCUGCCACAAGCCGGAGAAAAUUCAAUGCAGGGCACAAAACUACCCAGACCUAAGCCUGGCUCAACUGGCUCAGAACGUGCACUGCAGCCUGGACUCUGGGCUGGUGUGCAGAAACAGCGAGCAAACAGGGAAAUUUAAGAUGUGUUUCAACUACGAAGUUCGAUUCUGGUGCUGUCACGCCAACCCCAGCUGCAUUACUACACUGCAAACAACCACCUCCCUUGCUACCCCCACCCCCAAGCCGGGCACUACCACUGGACACACGAGCACGUCUCCACCCUCAUUAGCGCCUUCCACCCAUCCUCCAGCCAGCACCUCAACCACUGAAGGCACCACGCUCAUUAUCACAAGCCCCCCGGUGGAAGUUGUAGAGCCCACCAAGACCACUCUCGUCCCCACUACAGCCAGGCCCACAAGCACAGCUGCUGUCACACCUACUACGCCACCAGGGACCACGCCCGAGAUAACCCCCACCUCCUCAGCAGCCUCCACCGCCUCCACUCUUCCAACUCGGGGACCCACUACUGCAGCAAGUACUACACGUGGUUUCACCACCUCCGAAACAGCCACAACAACACAGAGCACCCCUACUCCAGUGCCCUUAACCCCCACCACAACAGCAGUCACCUCAGCUGCUUCUCCUACCCCAACCUCCUGCGAGCCAACCUGUGCCUGGACACCCUGGAUUGAUAUAGACUUCCCAACUUCUGGACCCGAGGGAGGAGACAUGGAAACCCUCUCCAAUAUCCACGCUGCUGGAAAGCCAAUCUGCCACAAGCCGGAGAAAAUUCAAUGCAGGGCACAAAACUACCCAGACCUAAGCCUGGCUCAACUGGCUCAGAACGUGCACUGCAGCCUGGACUCUGGGCUGGUGUGCAGAAACAGCGAGCAAACAGGGAAAUUUAAGAUGUGUUUCAACUACGAAGUUCGAUUCUGGUGCUGUCACGCCAACCCCAGCUGCAUUACUACACUGCAAACAACCACCUCCCUUGCUACCCCCACCCCCAAGCCGGGCACCACCACAGGACACACGAGCACGUCUCCACCCUCAUUAGCGCCUUCCACCCAUCCUCCAGUCAGCACCUCAACCACUGAAGGCACCACGCUCAUUAUCACAAGCCCCCCGGGGGAAGUUGUAGAGCCCACCAAGACCACUCUCGUCCCCACUACAGCCAGGCCCACAAGCACAGCUGCUGUCACACCUACUACGCCACCAGGGACCACGCCCGAGAUAACCCCCACCACCUCAGCAGCCUCCACCGCCUCCACUCUUCCAACUCGGGGACCCACUACUGCAGCAAGUACUACACGUGGUUUCACCACCUCCGAAACAGCCACAACAACACAGAGCACCCCUACUCCAGUGCCCUUAACCCCCACCACAACAGCAGUCACCUCAGCUGCUUCUCCUACCCCAACCUCCUGCGAGCCAACCUGUGCCUGGACCCCCUGGAUUGAUAUAGACUUCCCAACUUCUGGACCCGAGGGAGGAGACAUGGAAACCCUCUCCAAUAUCCACGCUGCUGGAAAGCCAAUCUGCCACAAGCCGGAGAAAAUUCAAUGCAGGGCACAAAACUACCCAGACCUAAGCCUGGCUCAACUGGCUCAGAACGUGCACUGCAGCCUGGACUCUGGGCUGGUGUGCAGAAACAGCGAGCAAACAGGGAAAUUUAAGAUGUGUUUCAACUACGAAGUUCGAUUCUGGUGCUGUCAUGCCAACCCCAGCUGCAUUACUACACUGCAAACAACCACCUCCCUUGCUACCCCCACCCCCAAGCCGGGCACUACCACUGGACACACGAGCACGUCUCCACCCUCAUUAGCGCCUUCCACCCAUCCUCCAGCCAGCACCUCAACCACUGAAGGCACCACGCUCAUUAUCACAAGCCCCCCGGGGGAAGUUGUAGAGCCCACCAAGACCACUUUCGUCCCCACUACAGCCAGGCCCACAAGCACAGCUGCUGUGACACCUACUACGCCACCAGGGACCACGCCCGAGAUAACCCCCACCUCCUCAGCAGCCUCCACCGCCUCCACUCUUCCAACUCGGGGACCCACUACUGCAGCAAGUACUACACGUGGUUUCACCACCUCCGAAACAGCCACAACAACACAGAGCACCCCUACUCCAGUGCCCUUAACCCCCACCACAACAGCAGUCACCUCAGCUGCUUCUCCUACCCCAACCUCCUGCGAGCCAACCUGUGCCUGGACCCCCUGGAUUGAUAUAGACUUCCCAACUUCUGGACCCGAGGGAGGAGACAUGGAAACCCUCUCCAAUAUCCACGCUGCUGGAAAGCCAAUCUGCCACAAGCCGGAGAAAAUUCAAUGCAGGGCACAAAACUACCCAGACCUAAGCCUGGCUCAACUGGCUCAGAACGUGCACUGCAGCCUGGACUCUGGGCUGGUGUGCAGAAACAGCGAGCAAACAGGGAAAUUUAAGAUGUGUUUCAACUACGAAGUUCGAUUCUGGUGCUGUCACGCCAACCCCAACUGCAUUACUACACUGCAAACAACCACCUCCCUUGCUACCCCCACCCCCAAGCCGGGCACCACCACUGGACACACGAGCACGUCUCCACCCUCAUUAGCGCCUUCCACCCAUCCUCCAGCCAGCACCUCAACCACUGAAGGCACCACGCUCAUUAUCACAAGCCCCCCGGUGGAAGUUGUAGAGCCCACCAAGACCACUCUCGUCCCCACUACAGCCAGGCCCACAAGCACAGCUGCUGUCACACCUACUACGCCACCAGGGACCACGCCCGAGGUAACCCCCACCUCCUCAGCAGCCUCCACCGCCUCCACUCUUCCAACUCGGGGACCCACUACUGCAGCAAGUACUACACGUGGUUUCACCACCUCCGAAACAGCCACAACAACACAGAGCACCCCUACUCCAGUGCCCUUAACCCCCACCACAACAGCAGUCACCUCAGCUGCUUCUCCUACCCCAACCUCCUGCGAGCCAACCUGUGCCUGGACACCCUGGAUUGAUAUAGACUUCCCAACUUCUGGACCCGAGGGAGGAGACAUGGAAACCCUCUCCAAUAUCCACGCUGCUGGAAAGCCAAUCUGCCACAAGCCGGAGAAAAUUCAAUGCAGGGCACAAAACUACCCAGACCUAAGCCUGGCUCAACUGGCUCAGAACGUGCACUGCAGCCUGGACUCUGGGCUGGUGUGCAGAAACAGCGAGCAAACAGGGAAAUUUAAGAUGUGUUUCAACUACGAAGUUCGAUUCUGGUGCUGUCACGCCAACCCCAGCUGCAUUACUACACUGCAAACAACCACCUCCCUUGCUACCCCCACCCCCAAGCCGGGCACUACCACUGGACACACGAGCACGUCUCCACCCUCAUUAGCGCCUUCCACCCAUCCUCCAGCCAGCACCUCAACCACUGAAGGCACCACGCUCAUUAUCACAAGCCCCCCGGUGGAAGUUGUAGAGCCCACCAAGACCACUCUCGUCCCCACUACAGCCAGGCCCACAAGCACAGCUGCUGUCACACCUACUACGCCACCAGGGACCACGCCCGAGAUAACCCCCACCUCCUCAGCAGCCUCCACCGCCUCCACUCUUCCAACUCGGGGACCCACUACUGCAGCAAGUACUACACGUGGUUUCACCACCUCCGAAACAGCCACAACAACACAGAGCACCCCUACUCCAGUGCCCUUAACCCCCACCACAACAGCAGUCACCUCAGCUGCUUCUCCUACCCCAACCUCCUGCGAGCCAACCUGUGCCUGGACACCCUGGAUUGAUAUAGACUUCCCAACUUCUGGACCCGAGGGAGGAGACAUGGAAACCCUCUCCAAUAUCCACGCUGCUGGAAAGCCAAUCUGCCACAAGCCGGAGAAAAUUCAAUGCAGGGCACAAAACUACCCAGACCUAAGCCUGGCUCAACUGGCUCAGAACGUGCACUGCAGCCUGGACUCUGGGCUGGUGUGCAGAAACAGCGAGCAAACAGGGAAAUUUAAGAUGUGUUUCAACUACGAAGUUCGAUUCUGGUGCUGUCACGCCAACCCCAACUGCAUUACUACACUGCAAACAACCACCUCCCUUGCUACCCCCACCCCCAAGCCGGGCACCACCACUGGACACACGAGCACGUCUCCACCCUCAUUAGCGCCUUCCACCCAUCCUCCAGCCAGCACCUCAACCACUGAAGGCACCACGCUCAUUAUCACAAGCCCCCCGGUGGAAGUUGUAGAGCCCACCAAGACCACUCUCGUCCCCACUACAGCCAGGCCCACAAGCACAGCUGCUGUCACACCUACUACGCCACCAGGGACCACGCCCGAGGUAACCCCCACCUCCUCAGCAGCCUCCACCGCCUCCACUCUUCCAACUCGGGGACCCACUACUGCAGCAAGUACUACACGUGGUUUCACCACCUCCGAAACAGCCACAACAACACAGAGCACCCCUACUCCAGUGCCCUUAACCCCCACCACAACAGCAGUCACCUCAGCUGCUUCUCCUACCCCAACCUCCUGCGAGCCAACCUGUGCCUGGACACCCUGGAUUGAUAUAGACUUCCCAACUUCUGGACCCGAGGGAGGAGACAUGGAAACCCUCUCCAAUAUCCACGCUGCUGGAAAGCCAAUCUGCCACAAGCCGGAGAAAAUUCAAUGCAGGGCACAAAACUACCCAGACCUAAGCCUGGCUCAACUGGCUCAGAACGUGCACUGCAGCCUGGACUCUGGGCUGGUGUGCAGAAACAGCGAGCAAACAGGGAAAUUUAAGAUGUGUUUCAACUACGAAGUUCGAUUCUGGUGCUGUCACGCCAACCCCAGCUGCAUUACUACACUGCAAACAACCACCUCCCUUGCUACCCCCACCCCCAAGCCGGGCACCACCACUGGACACACGAGCACGUCUCCACCCUCAUUAGCGCCUUCCACCCAUCCUCCAGCCAGCACCUCAACCACUGAAGGCACCACGCUCAUUAUCACAAGCCCCCCGGGGGAAGUUGUAGAGCCCACCAAGACCACUCUCGUCCCCACUACAGCCAGGCCCACAAGCACAGCUGCUGCCACACCUACUACGCCACCAGGGACCACACCCGAGAUAACCCACACCACCUCAGCAGCCUCCACCGCCUCCACUCUUCCAACUCGGGGACCCACUACUGCAGCAAGUACUACACGUGGUUUCACCACCUCCGAAACAGCCACAACAACACAGAGCACCCCUACUCCAGUGCCCUUAACCCCCACCACAACAGCAGUCACCUCAGCUGCUUCUCCUACCCCAACCUCCUGCGAGCCAACCUGUGCCUGGACACCCUGGAUUGAUAUAGACUUCCCAACUUCUGGACCCGAGGGAGGAGACAUGGAAACCCUCUCCAAUAUCCACGCUGCUGGAAAGCCAAUCUGCCACAAGCCGGAGAAAAUUCAAUGCAGGGCACAAAACUACCCAGACCUAAGCCUGGCUCAACUGGCUCAGAACGUGCACUGCAGCCUGGACUCUGGGCUGGUGUGCAGAAACAGCGAGCAAACAGGGAAAUUUAAGAUGUGUUUCAACUACGAAGUUCGAUUCUGGUGCUGUCACGCCAACCCCAACUGCAUAACCACACUGAAAACUACCACUUCCCUUGCUACCACAACCUCCACGCCGGCCAUAACAACAUCAAUAGUAUUCCCCACUACUACCCUGGCUACAAGCCGAGGAAAGCCCUCAAUCAGCAUUAUUACUAAGACACCUGCAACCCACGCCCCUCAGGUAGUAGGUUCCACAGUUUCUACCUUAUCUACUUUAGUAUCUACAACCACUGAAAGUGCCUCAAUAUUUUCCACCAGCACUCAGAAUCAAACUACAGGGGGAAUAUUCAGAACUAAAGAAACUGAGUCUUCCACUGCAAGCAGAACAACUGCAUGUUUCUGCCAUGUAUUUGACCAUUUGUUUUCUCCUGGGCAAGUUGUAUACAACAGAACAGAUCAUUCUGGUUGUUAUUUUUAUGCACUUUGCAAUGACAAAUGUGAAAUUGACCGAUUCCAGGGGCCAUGUCCCACAACAAUUCCUUCCAUUUCAUCAACCACAUCACCUACAACCUCAGGUCUAUCAAGUCCAGGAUCUGUUUCUUCUACAAUCUCACCAUCUCUAGAAACAUCUAAACCACCACCAGAAGGCUGUCCUAGUUUGGAUCCUCCAAGGAAGAUAAACGAAACCUGGAUGUCUGAUAAGUGCACUAAGGCAACAUGUGUGGGAAACAACACAGUUGUUCUGGAGCUUCCUCCACCUGUACAGGUUAUCACCUGUGUAAAUGGACGCGAACCAGUAAAAGUCUAUGAGGCAGAUGGCUGUACCUACCAUUAUGAGUGUGAAUGUGUUUGUAACGGCUGGAGCAAUUCUGACUACAAGACUUUUGAUGGAGUUAAAUACACAUUCAAUGGACUCUGCAGAUAUGUGCUGGUGAAAGAGAUUGUGCCAAAAUACAAUUUCAGUGUUCUUACUGACAAUUACAACUGUGAUGUGGUUGAUGGACUCUCCUGCCCUAAAUCUAUCAUUGUGAAUUACAACUCCAUGGAAAUAGUGCUAAGCAGUCAGACACAUGAAGGAAACGUAACUAACAAGAUCAUUUUCAACAAAGAGCCAAUCAAUGAAGGUGUCAGCAAGGAUGGUGUUUCCAUUACCAGAGUUGGUAAGGAUUUGACUGUUGAAAUUCCUGCCAUCAAUGCUUACAUCUCCUUGAAUGGAUUAAUCUUCACAGUGAAAGUGCCAUUCGGUCUGUUUGCACAUAACACUGAGGGCCAGUGUGGCACGUGCUCAAAUAUAAAAUCAGACGAAUGCCGCACGCAAGGCGGUCAGGAAGUUUCCUCAUGUUCAGAAAUGGCUUACACGUGGAAGGUUGAGAAUGGAAACAAUCCCUAUUGUCACGAGACUACAACAUCAUCGCCUCCUCUGAUCUCACCAACUACACCAGUACCCUGCACUUCUUCUUCGCCUCUCUGUGAGCUGAUCUUGAGCGAAACUGGUGACCAGACAAUUGAAGGUUUUGUUGAAGGAUGCUUCUGCCCAGAGGGUAGCAUCCUCUUUAAUUCAUUUGCUGAUGUCUGUGUGUCAGAAUGCGGUUGUGUUGGACCAGAUGGACUGCCCAGAGAGCCUGGAUCCAAAUGGAAGAGCAAUUGCCAGGAGUGUGUCUGUGACGAAAAGUCUAUGACUGUACAGUGUAAGCCACUUUUAUGUCAGACGCCUGUGCCAGCCACUUGUAAUAAACCAGGAUUCGUCCCUAUGCCCGUGUUAACACCAGAUGACCCAUGCUGCCCUGAAAUUAUAUGCAGAUGUGAUAUUACCUUGUGCCCCAAGGCCGAGAAUAGUUGUGAACAAGGUUAUUAUCUAGCCUCAGUUGUUUUUGCCGGCAACUGUUGUGUGACAUAUGAGUGUGCGGACAAAUGCAAGGUUCACAAGAAACCAACUGUGAUCUACCAGGAUGAAUGCAAAUCUUCUGAAUCUAUCGAACUGACAUACUGCGAAGGGUUUUGUGGCAGCUCCUCCAAGUAUUCCUUGGAAGCAAAUCAGAUGCAACACCAAUGUACCUGCUGCAAGGAGCUCAAGAGCCACAGGAGACAAGUGACCCUGACCUGUCACAAUGGUACAAGAAGCAAUUAUGACUAUAUAUAUGUGGAAGAGUGCCAAUGCAUAACUGCGUGCAUCCCAUCAGAGUCUGAAGACAGGACCAAACAGCUCCAAAGCAGUCAGAUUCAUUAG